UGUGUGCAUGCUUUACGCCCAUCCCCCUCAUUAAUGCCUUGCCUUUUAAGCACUCUUUCCUUCCUCGCAAUUCCAAACUUUACACUUCUCUACUACCUGUCCGUCUCCCUCCCCCUCGCUCUCAAUUGUUCCUGUGUCGUUAUCCGUCUCUCCGUCUCCCAAACGAGGAGAGCAUGCCUCUAUGUCCACGGAGAGGGAGAGACUCGACGAGAUCGGUAAGAAGAUCAAGCGAGAGCCUGACCCCACCGCCGCCGCUGCCAUCGCGGGCGUCGUAGUCGCCGUCUCACCGACCGAGCACCACGUCCCGCGCCGCCUAGGCCUCGUUGGCCCGGGCAUCGUCGGCGCCCCGAACAUAGCGACCCCGUGCGCCGCGUGCAAGCUCCUCCGCCGGCGCUGCGCGCACGAGUGCCCCUUCGCCCCCUACUUCUCCCCGCACGAGCCCCACAAGUUCGCCGCCGUCCACAAGGUCUUCGGCGCCAGCAACGUCUCCAAGAUGCUCCUGGAGGUGCCGGAAGCGGAGAGAGCCGACGCGGCGAGCAGCCUGGUGUACGAGGCGAACCUGCGGCUGCGCGACCCGGUGUACGGCUGCAUGGGCGCGAUCUCGAUGCUGCAGCAGCAGGUGAACGCGCUGGAGGCCGAGCUGCAGGCCGUCAGGGCCGAGAUCUUCAAGCACAGAUACCGGCAGGCCGGCGUCGGCGUCGGUGCGGCACACCUCAUUGUCGACGACGACGUCAGUGCUGCCGCAGCUGGCGGCUUCAGGGCUCCUGCCACGUCGCUGGUGCACACCGCUGACGUGGUGUCCGUCGCUGAGGCCGGCCAAGAAGUGGCCACAAUGCCGUCGACGGCCACGGCCACGGCGUACGCUGCCGGACAGCCGUCGAGCACUGACUACAGCUCCCUCGACACAAGUGAGCAUGAUGCAUACUUUGGUUGACAUGCAUGGAUUUAUUUGCUGUUCUGGUGAUUGAUGGAGAUCACAAUCGAUUAAUUAACUCGCCAAAUAAACUUUAUGUGCAAGUAUAACUCUCUCUCUAUACAUGUAUCUUCUCUAGAACUAGAUAUAGCUGCUGUGGAUACCUUGGGUGAGAAAAAGAUUGUCCAGUGAUCGAUGUAUCUGCCCUCAUAAAUUUCUUGUGUGUGUCCA